CCGACUGGGCCACAGUCACCGCUCGUAAGUUGCGUUGGUAGCGCGAUAGGCAACAUGUCUUAACUAAAACUGUGCUGCAAAAUGCGUGUGUGUCUGGUUUAUAUGAUAUUGGGAUAUGGACUCCAAUUUGCGUUCAGUCUUGAUGCCAUUUGCCGAAUUGUGCAGCGCAAUCGGGCGGAGUGUGAGGUGCAUCGUGUGCAAACCGUGGAUGGGUAUCAGCUGACCGUACAACGUAUUCCGCCGCCGCGCAACCAAAGCUGCCCCACACUACAGCCAUUCGUGCUGAUGCAUGGUCUUAUCGGUUCGGCGGGCGAUUUUGUGGCUGCGGGUCGCGCAAGCGCCUUAGCGUUCCAACUGCAUGCACGCUGCUUCGAUGUCUGGUUGCCCAAUGCACGGGGCACCACAGAAUCCCGGAGACAUCGCACAUUGUCGGCCAGGCAGCCAGCCUUUUGGGAUUUUAGCUGGCAUGAGAUUGGCGUCUACGAUUUGCCCGCCAUUGUGGAGCAUGUGCUGGCCGUGACGGGUCAGCGACAGCUGCACUAUGUGGGCCAUUCGCAGGGCACCACAGUGCUGCUCGUGCUACUGGCACAACGGCCCGACUUUAAUGCGCGAUUUGCGAGUGUUGCGCUGCUGGCGCCAAUUGCGUAUUUGCAGCACUUGAGCAGCCCGCCGUUGCGUUUGCUGGCCAGCGAUCCGGCUGGCGUCACGCUGCUGCUGAAUCAGCUUGGCCUGCACGAGCUGCUGCCCGCCACGCCGCUGAGCCAGGUGGGCGGGCAGUUCAUCUGCAGUCCAGCGCUGCCCACCUAUGCGCUCUGCACGCUCCUCACAUCGCUCUAUGUGGGCUUCAGCGAAUAUCCGCUGGAUCGUAGCAUAUUCCCACGCAUUCUGGAGACGACACCGGCGGGCAUCUCACGUGGUCAACUGCUGCACUUUGGGCAGCUCAUCAACAGCGGUAAAUUCCAACAGUACGACUAUAGCUCGGCACGGCUCAACUCGCUGCGCUAUGGCCAGGCCACACCACCCACCUAUCAGCUGGAAAAUGUGCGCCUAAACCUUAUGCUCUUCUAUGGUAACCGGGAUGCAUUGUCCAGCCGACGGGAUGUGCAGCAUUUGGUGCGAGAGUUGCGCAACAGUCGGGUCAAGCUCUACCAGGUGCGGGGCUAUAAUCACAUUGAUUUCCUCUAUGCGACCACGGCGCCGCAGAUGAUCUACGAACGUAUCAUACAACACGCCAGGCACAUAAAUUGACUAUAUAUGGUAAAAAUCAAAGAUAUAUAGAUACAAAGAUAAAAGACAUAUAUAUAAAGAUAUAUAGAAAUAUAGAUCAGAUAAAGAUCAGGUCUGCAAUAAUUUAGGCUAUUUAGAAAAGUAUCCCUGCAUUUAGAUACGGUUUGUGAGCCCAGUUUUCCACUAUCAUGAGCCCAGGGUGUAAGUCAACCCUUGGGUUUUUAUAUAUUUUAAAACAUUUUUACUAAACCAUCCCAUUUUUAUUUAUAUAUUCCGCUUCAAAAGCAACAACAUUUUCUUGGGAAACUGAAAAGUUAGUUAAAAACAAAUAAAAAGUUGGCUUCAGUGUGGAGGGAACAUACCUGUUAUUUUACUCUAUUUUUCCCAUUUUCAAAAUAAACACUUUAUAUGUGAAAUACAUUUGAAAGUAAA